AUGGAAAUAAUAAAACACAGGAUUCAAGAGAAACAUCCUGGUACAGUAGUGUACAAUGUAGAUAGAUUUGAAGGUUGGUCAAGCUUGGAAACAAUGUGGCAUCAAGUUAUUGAAAUAGGGCAGGAUGUUGCUAACAUUUCAUCAAAAUAUCCUCAAGGCAUAAAUGUGAUAGGAUACUCUCAAGGAGGUUUAGUUGCGCGAGGCAUCAUUCAGACAUUUCCUAAUAUAACAGUAGAUACUUUUAUAUCUUUGAGUUCACCUCAAGCAGGACAAUAUGGAGCUGGUUUUCUGCAUGUAGUAUUCCCGGGACUGGUUAAGGAAACGGCAUAUGAACUGUUCUAUUCACGUGUAGGACAGCAUACAUCAGUUGGCAAUUAUUGGAAAGACCCGUAUCACCUAAAGUUGUAUGAGACAUACAGUGUAUAUUUGCCCUACAUCAACAAUCGUAUUAAAUCCAAUAGAUCAGAGGAUUUCAAGGCUAACUUAUUGAAAGUCAAAAGAUUAGUUUUGAUAGGUGGCCCAGACGACCAAGUUAUAACGCCUUGGCAAAGCAGUCAAUUCGGCUACUACGAUGUCAACGAAACCGUCGUUGAAAUGAGGGAGCAAAACAUCUAUCUGGAGGACCACAUCGGCCUUCGAGCCCUGGACGAGAGCGGCCGCCUCCACGUGGUCACUGUGCCCGGCGUGAACCAUUUCAACUGGCACAUGAACGUUAGCAUAGUUGACGAUUGCCUGUUGCCGUAUCUGGAU